AUGGAGAAAAAAGAAAGCUCCGAAACAACAAAAAAAGAGCCAGUUCGUCAAGAACGUUGGUAUUUUGGUGGUUUAGCUGGUGUUCUUGCUGUUGUUUGUACACAUCCACUUGAUACAAUAAAAGUACAAUUACAAACUCAACAGCGAGCUGAUUAUGGCCUUGUUUCAAUGGCAGUUAAAAUUGUACGUGAUGAUGGAUUUUUAGCACUGUAUAAUGGUUUAUCAGCGUCAUGUCUUCGUCAAGCAACAUAUACAACAACACGUUUUGCUAUAUAUGGUGCAGUUAAAUCAGGAAAAAAAGAUUCCAAUUUAAGUUUUAUUGAAAAAGUUUCUCUUGCUGCCGUAUCGGGUGGUAUUGGUGCAUUCGUUGGUGCACCAGCAGAUCUUGUUAAUGUUCGGAUGCAAAAUGAUUGUAAAUUACCAAAAGAAAAACGACGAAAUUAUAAACAUGCUAUUGAUGGUCUUGCUCGAAUUUGUCGAGAAGAAGGAUCAAAAAAAUUAUUUAAUGGUGCAUCAAUGGCUGUUGCACGAGGAGCUCUUGUGACAAUUGGACAAAUUGCUUUUUAUGAACAAGUUAAACAGAUGUUAUUAGCUAGUGGCGUUUUUAAAGAUAACAUCAUUACUCAUUUUAGUUCAAGUUUUGUUGCUGGUGGAGUAGCGACUCUAAUAACAAUGCCAUUUGAUGUUAUGAAAACUAGGAUGAUGAAUGCACCACCAGGCACAUACAAUUCAAUAAUGGAUUGUGUUACAGAUAUAUUUAAAGCUGGUCCAAGUGGAUUUUUUAAAGGAUUUAUACCAGCUUUUAUUCGUCUUGGUCCACAUACAAUUUUAACAUUUAUUUUCCUCGAACAAAUAAAAAAACAUUUUGGUUAUAUAAAAGCAGAUAAACAAGAGUAA